AUGGCGGGAGAAGGACAGAAGGACCACACUGUGGUUAUAAAAUGGAGUGGGAAUGAGUACAAGAUCACACUAUCGGACUCAUCAACCGUGGCAAACAUGAAAGAUAGUAUCUACAAAGAUACGGGAGUGCGGCCCGAACGACAGAAAUUGUUGGGUCUCAAAUAUAAUGGAAAAGCUCCUACAGAUGAUGUAGCCAUUUCUCAGUUGAAACUGAAGACUAAUACCAAAAUUAUGAUGAUGGGAUCAAGAGAAGAGGAAUUGGAUAAAGUGAAAGAGCCUCCCCCAGACUUACCCGAAGUCAUCAAUGACUUUGAUAUAGAAGAGGAUGAAAUUGCUAUAGAAAAUAGAGAAGAAUAUUUGUCAAAAAUUGACAGAAGAGUCCGUGAUUACAAGAUAGAAGUGUUUAACCCUCCAAGAGAAGGCAAGAAACUGCUGGUCCUUGAUAUCGAUUACACAUUGUUUGAUCAUCGAUCGGUAGCGGAGACUGCCAAUGAGUUGAUGAGGCCUUUUCUACACGAGUUUUUACAAUCUGCCUACGAGGAUUACGACAUUGUUAUCUGGUCUGCCACAGGGAUGAAGUGGAUCAAUGUGAAGAUGAAGGAGCUGGGUGUGACUGACAAUCCCAGCUACAAGAUCACAUUCCACCUCGAUAGCAGUGCCAUGAUCAGUGUUCAUACACCAAAGUAUGGUGUCAUAGAGGUGAAGCCAUUAGGCGUGAUUUGGGGUAAAUAUGAGCAGUGGACGCCGAAGAAUACCAUUAUGUUUGAUGACAUCAGGAGGAACUUCAUAAUGAACCCCCAGAAUGGACUGCGGAUAAAGGCAUUCCGUGAAGCACAUCAAAACAGAGCCAAAGAUCGAGAACUUCUUAAGUUGGCGAAGUACCUUAAAGAUAUUUCGACGGUGGACGAUUUUACAACACUCAAUCACAGAAAAUGGGAAAAAUAUCGAAGCAAGCGAAAGCAUGAUCAUUCAGACGGAGACCAUGUCUCUGAGAGUCUCAACACUGACUGAAUGGUGAAUGUUAUCUAACCCUCAGAAACUGACAUUUACGCCGAAAAAGACAUGAACAAGUGAUAGACAUUACAGCAAGUUUGAACAAAAGCACGGACAUUUUCCCCGUAAUACUGCUGCAGUUGUCGCGUCAUUUUUAAUGAACUUUUAUUCAUAUGUAAUAUAAGUCUGCUUUGUGUCUUGUGAAGUCAUACUUCUUUGUUCAAAGGACAAGAUGAAGUGUCAGUCAGAGAAACCGUCACGACUCCCUCAGGACAGGGUUGUCUUGUCACCUAAUACUGCUGUUUGUGGAACAAUACUUGUUGAUGGCUCAAUAGAGUUGGAUUAUAUCUUAAGCUGCAUGUAGGAUUAUCUCAUGAAAAUAUACAUUUAUCAUGUUUUAAGUUAUGUGUGUGAUUGUGGGGCGUUUUACAAAGAUCAGUGUGAAAUGUUGAAAGAUGUCAUCUGAAUGUGUGCAAUAUACCCCACCGCUCUCAAUCAAAGUUUACAGAUAUGCCCUCUAUACAAACACACCACAUUUAUCUGGAAAUAAGCCUGUCCUCUUUAUAGAUAUACCACAUUUACCCAGCAAUAAGCUUGCCCCCUAUACCGACACUUCACUUUUAUCCAGCAAUAAGCCUGCCCUCUAUAUACAUACCACAUUUAUCCAGCAAUAAGCCUUCCCUCUAUACAGACACACCAUUUUGACCCAGCAAUAAGCCUGUCCUCUAUAUAGAUAUAACACAUUUAUCCAGCAAUAAGCCUGCCCCUAUGCAAAUAUACCACAUUUAUCUUGAAAUAAGCCCCCUUCUAUGCAUACAUACCAUAUUUAUCCAGCAAUAAGCCCGUGCUCUAUGCAGUCAUACCAUAUUUUUCCACCAGUAAUUCCUCCCAUGCCAAUUGCAGAUCGCUAAGGUAUGCUAUGGCAUUAUCCUGCAAUAAGCCGCCCUGCCCCGCCCCGCCCCGCCCCGCCCCGCCCCGCCCCGCCCCGCCCCGCCCCAUUUUAAGUCAAAAGUAAUGUUGGCCCACUGGGCUUGCUGAAGGAUAAAUAUAUCUACAUAAUAUUGAUGUUAGUUGCUUUGAUGCAGUUCAAAUAGCAGGCCUUGGACAGAAUACUCCGAACAGCUCUCUGUGGAAAGUGUUGUUCCAUUAAAAUAUAAAAAUGUACUAAGAUGUUAUCUGUACGUCACUAGUCAUCACACUUCAUCAUAUCAUAUAUACUCCCUGUGCUUCCUUCCAGGCCGAUAGAAGAAAAUUGUACAAGUUUAUAGCUUGUUUCAUAAUUGUUGUUGAAUACUUUUAGAAUAUGAUUUUGAUAUUUCUACUUGGAAUAUACAUCUACAUGUAGAAGUACUUUUGUUGUUUUUUUU